CAGGUGUGUGGUGGACAGACAGGUGUGUUUGGGUGUACCUGCGCCUCCUUCUUGCCGCAGUAGGACGUCGCCCUAAUGAAGACAUCGCCGCCAGGAGCCUCGAGGUAUUUAUUAGGCCCCUCAGCCGGCAUCCCGAUGAGCCCUCGAUGCGCCGAUAAGAGCCCUUGGUAUUCCCGCGAGGAGGGAAGGGAACGCAGACGGGACCUUCUACCUUGGAGGGUUUGCAAGAACGUCAAUGACCUGCCUCUGUGUUUCAAGGAGUCAACUGGAUUCCACUGCCGCCUGUUUUCCCACUCGCCUCCUGCUUGUCAGUACAAGGAUGUCGCCAUGUGGUCUUUUCUUCAUUAUCAGGACGGAAGGGGAGGUGGAAGAGAGGAAAGGAAAAGAAAUGGAAGAGGAGAUAAAAUAGUGCUGAGAGAAAUGGCAGGUGCACAGGCGUCACCUAAGGGACUCCGAGGGCGCCGCCAAGCACCUUGUCAAGUUCUGCGCCUUGAUCUUAUCCAUCCCUCCUUGUACGCUCCGUCUUUCCUACCUGCCUACCUGCCUGCCUGGUUACCUGGUGCCUAGUAGAUGGAAGACCUGUACUUAAAUGUGUGAUGUCUUCAAGAGAUUUGACUAAGGAUUCUGCCAGGCAGCCUCCCAGAAGUGGAUCCGCUCGUCUAAAGGUUGCUCCUGGUCAUCGCGUUCCGAACUCUCUUUACGCUUCGUUUGUCAGUAUUGAGGCUUGAUUUAUGGAGGAGCGUCAAAUUAGUGUCAAUAAGCAGGACAGGGCGUUACCUUGAUCCAGGACAUCUGUACACUCCAUCCACACUCCAUCACAGAUUGUAGUUGCUGUUCGGGGACCACGCUCCUCGCCUUCUGCAUCUCCGCCUCGUCCACCUCAUCCGCCGUCUCCAGCAGGUCUUACCAGUUGUGGAGUUGGGACAGGAAUGACGAGCAACAGAGAAGCACUGAAAGAAAAAGAAGAAAAUGAAGGAGAGCAAGCACAGGAAGGCAAGGCUUGUGAAGGGAACGUCUGAGUACAUGCGCGAUUUAAGCAGAAGAAUGAGUGAUGUCUCAACCCGAUGUUCAGAGACUCAUAAAACCCUGCGCAGCCCUAAUAAGCUCGGUCAUUGGGCCUCCUUUAGCCUCCCUCCCUCUGCCGCCUCCACCUUCCAUCUCUCCUUCCCUACCCUGAAGGAGUGAAUGGACUGGACGCUUGCCAAAUGCCUCCUCCGUGCUUCGUCGGCGCUGCACGUGUUGAGUAUCCAGGCAAAAACUAUUUACUAGCUCACAAGUAUCGUGGAGGUGGUUCGUAUGUAAAAAAUGUGCUGCUUUCGUCCGGACUUAUGCAAACUGUGGCCAGCAUGUGAAGAAGCAGAGAGGAGCUUUUCACCUAGAGCCAGUGAGAUCAAGAAGCACCACGGCGCACUCUCGAGCAGAAGAACAAAGUUCACCACACUCACGGCAAGUCUUGCUUGGCUUCUGCUUGUGUAGCAAGAUUUAGUUAAUAUGGGCAUGUUUUUUUUUUUUAUUCACCUAAUGAUUGUGAGCUGAAGAUCAAAAUUCACUGAAUGUCAAUUAUGUAUAACGCAAAAAAGGCAAGAAGAUCAAAAUUCAUUGUAUGUCAAUUUGUAUAACGCAAAAAGGCAAGAAAGUAAAAUUCCUUUGAUUU